CCCGCCGUCAGGUCCACUCGCAGAGACUUUGGGAUCUCUGUUUUGCCGUUAGUCGGGGCAGCUCGAAUUCUGUUGGUGAGGAAGCGACGAGUGCCAAAGGCGGGACCUCAAGGACUCUUGCUUCCCCAACGCAAGAAUGGCUCGCGUCUCCGGUGAGGACGAAGCGAUGCUGCAGGCGAUGUUGAGGCAGUUGUUCCAGAGCGUGAAGGAGAAAAUCACGGGUGCUCCCUCCCUGGAGUGCGCCGAGGAGAUCCUCUUACAUCUGGAGGAAACGGAUGAAAAUUUCCACAACUAUGAAUUUGUGAAGUACCUUAGACAGUAUAUAUGCAACACUUUGGGGUCUAUGAUUGAAGAAGAAAUGGAAAAAUGGACAUCUGAUCAGAACCAGGGUGAGGAAUUUGGCUAUGACACAGUUGUACAGCAUGUUACUAAAAGAACUCAGGAAUCUAAAGAAUACAAAGAGAUGAUUCAUUCUCUGAAGAACAUCAUGAUGAUAGUGGUGGAAUCUAUGAUUAACAAGUUUGAAGAAGAUGAAAUACGAAGUCAAGAGAGGCAGAAAAAAAUCCAAAAGGAGAAAAGCAGUAGUUAUUGCACAGACAAUUGCUCUGAUAGUGACUCGUCCUUCAAUCAGAGUUACAAAUUUUGUCAAGGAAAAUUACAAUUGAUUUUAGACCAGUUGGAUCCUGGGCAACCUAAAGAGGUGAGAUAUGAAGCCUUGCAAACAUUGUGUUCAGCUCCUCCAUCUGAUGUCCUGAACUGUGAAAAUUGGACCACUCUCUGUGAGAAGCUGACAGUGUAUCUUUCAGAUCCUGAUCCUGUAUUUAGUGACCGGAUUUUAAAAUUCUAUGCACAGACGUUUACACUUUCACCGUUACAUAUGACCAAGGAAAUUUAUACAAGCUUAGCUAAAUAUUUGGAGUUAUACUUUGUUUCCAGAGAAAACCAUAUUCCUACUCUUUCAACUGGCAUAGACAUAAGUAAUCCUAAUGUGACCCAUUUACUUAAAAAGAUUCGUCUUCUAAAUGAAUAUCAGAAAGAGGCUCCAUCUUUUUGGAUUCGACACCCAGAAAAGUAUAUGGAAGAAAUUGUGGAGAGUACCUUGUCUUUGUUAUCAGUUAAGCAUGAUCAAAGCCAUCUUGUCUCACAAAAAAUUUUGGAUCCGAUAUAUUUUCUUGCAUUGGUGGAUACCAAAGCUGUGUGGUUCAAAAAGUGGAUGCAUGCAUAUUAUAGCAGAACUGCAGUACUAAGACUUCUGGAAAAGAAAUAUAAAUCUCUGAUAACUACAGCGGUUCAGCAGUGUGUUCAAUACUUUGAGUUGUGUGAAACCAUGAAAGGUGAUGAAGUUUUGGGACAUUCAAAGUCUUGUGGGAUUAAGCAGAAAACUUUCUACUACUCAGGACAAGAAUUACAAUACAUUUAUUUCAUUCACUCACUGAGCCUUUUGGGAAGAUUGCUGAUCUAUACCCAAGGCCGAAAGCUAUUUCCUAUAAAGUUGAAGACUAGAAAAGAUUCAGUAUCCCUUACAGAUCUUCUGGUUCUGUUUACCCAACUUAUCUAUCAUUCACCAACUUGUCCAAAGAUGACAUCACCUGGUCAUUUAGAGAAUUACUCUCCUGCAAGUAUGGCAACUGAAGUUCUGUGUAUACUCUGUGAUCAGAAAGAAUGUGCAAUUGAGUGCUUAUAUAACAACACUGUGAUUGAGGCUCUUCUUCAGCCUAUUCAUAACUUAAUGAAAGGAACUAAGGCUGCUCCAAAUUGUUCUGAAACAGCUUUAAUUCAUAUAGCUCAUAUUUUGUCAAGAAUUGCAUCUGUGGAAGAAGGACUUACCCUACUACUUUAUGGAGAAAAUAUGAACUCUUCUGAAGAAAAAAGUCCUACAGGUGCUCAUCUAAUUGCCCAGUUUUCAAAAAAACUUCUUGAUGAAGAUAUUUCUAUUUUUCCUGGAUCAGAAAUGUUUCCUGUGGUUAAAGGAGCUUUUACUUCUGUGUGUCGUCAAAUAUACGGUACAUGUGAAGGCUUACAGGUGUUAAUUCCUUACAGUUUGCAUGAAUCUAUAGCAAAGGCUUGGAAGAAGGCAAGUCUGCUAUCAGAAAGAAUUCCUACUCCAGUAGAGGGUUCUGAUUCGGUUUCUUUGGUUAGCCAGGAAUCCCAGAACAUUAUGGCUUGGGAAGAGAAUUUGUUAGAUGAUUUACUAAAUUUUGCUGCCACUCCCAAAGGACUACUGCUUCUUCAAAGAACAGGUGCCAUCAACGAAUGUGUGACAUUUAUGUUCAACCAAUAUGCGAAAAAAUUACAGAUCAGCAGGCAUAAAAAGUUUGGCUAUGGAGUUUUGGUUACACAAGUGGCAUCAACAGCAGCAGGUGCAGUAGCCCUACAAAAUUCAGGGUUUAUUAAUGCCAUUAUAACUGAAUUAUGGGCCAAUCUGGAAUGUGGAAGAGAUGAUGUUAGAGUAACCCAUCCCAGAUAUACUCCAGUGGACCCUAUUGACCAAAGCUGUCAAAAGUCUUUUCUAGCACUGGUGAACCUGUUAUCUUAUCCUGCUGUUUUUGAGCUGGUUGGCAAUCAAAGUCUUCCUAAUAAAGCAGAAUAUUCUCUUCGUGAAGUCCCAACAAGUGUUAUUGAUAUUAUUGACAGACUUAUAAUUUUGAAUUCUGAAGCCAAGAUUCGUUCUUUAUUCAACUACGAACAAUCACACAUCUUUGGUCUAAGGUUGUUAAGUGUGGUAUGCUGUGAUCUAGACACUCUUCUUCUGUUGGAGGCUCAGUAUCAAGUAUCUGAAAUGUUACUAAGUGCUCAAGAAGAAAAUACCUUAGAAACCUCUGAAAGUCACAGGGAGUUUAUAAUUGAUAGCUUAUCAGUAGAAAGAAAUCAUGUUCUUGUUAGAAUAAAUCUUAUUGGUGGGCCAAUGGAACGAAUUUUGCCUCCAAGGUUACUGGAGAAGGGUAAUGAACCAUAUCCUUGGCCAAUGUUUUCAUCAUACCCUUUACCAAACUGCUAUUUGUCAGACUGUGUUACAAGAAGUACUGAUCUAAAACAAGACAAUGAUCUUGGCAAACUUUUAUUGUGCUUCAAAAUGUCUGAUAAACAAACUUCAUGGAUAGAAAACUGCCGAAGACAAUUCUGCAAAAUAAUGAAAGCCAAACCUGAUAUAAUCAGUGGAGGUGCUUUAGUAGAAUUACUUGAAAAAUUUGUACUUCAUCUUUCUGAAAGCCCAUCUGAAUGCUACUUCCCUUCAGUGGAAUAUACAGCUACUGAUGCAAAUGUGAAGAAUGAAAGUCUUUCAUCUGUGCAACAGCUUGGCAUUAAAAUGACUGUCAGGUAUGGCAAGUUCCUCAACCUGUUAAAAGAUGGUGCAGAAAAUGAUCUUACCUUGGUUUUGAAGCAUUGUGAGAGAUUCCUGAAACAGCAGCAAGCUUCUAUAAAAUCUUCUCUUCUCUGCUUGCAGAGGAGUCACACUGGCCAUGACUGGUUUGUAUCUUCUUUGUUCAUCAUAAUGUUGGGGGACAAAGACAAAACAUUCCAAUUUCUUCAGCAGUUCUCCAGGCUUCUGACUUCAGCUUUCCUUUGGUUGCCAAGACUACAUGUUUCUAGGUACCUACCUGUUGACACUAUAGAAUCUGGCAUUCAUCCAGUGUAUUUUUGCAGCACUCACUAUAUUGAAAUGCUACUGAAAGCAGAGGUGCCACUUGUAUUUUCAGCUUUUCACAUGUCUGGUUUUGCACCAUCACAGAUUUGCCUGCAAUGGAUAACUCAGUGUUUUUGGAAUUAUUUAGAUUGGGUAGAAAUCUGCCAUUACAUUGCUACCUGUGUUUUCCUUGGUCCAGAUUAUCAAGUGUAUAUCUGUAUAGCUAUAUUCAAACAUCUUCAGCAAGACAUUCUACAACACACUCAGACUCAAGAUCUGCAGGUUUUCCUAAAAGAAGAAGCACUGCAUGGAUUUCGAGUGAGUGAUUACUUUGAAUACAUGGAAAUUUUGGAACAAAACUACCGACCAGUGUUGCUGAGAGACAUGCGGAACAUUAGAGUGCAAAGCACAUAGAUCAUGGAAACCACAAUUUAUUUUUAUGUUUAUUUUUAAAGGAAACAAGGGUUUGAUUAUUUUCUGUGUCCAGAACAACAUACGCUUUGUGAAUACACAAUAUUAUAGAUCAGUACUGAGAGUUUUUGAAUAUAAUAAUAUAUUCAAGUAGGUAUCAGCUCAACUGAAGUGAAUUCAUUUUUUAAGUUUGUUGUCGUGUAAGGUUGUUUUGGCUUUCCCUGGUGGCUCAAACAGUGAAAAAUCUGCCUGCAAUGCAGAAGACCUAGGUUUGGUCCCUGGGUUGGGAAGAUCCCCUGGAGAUGGGAAUGGCAACCCAUUCCAGUACUCUUGCCUGGAGAAUUCCAUGGCAGAGGAGCCUGGCAGGCUACAGUCCUUCAGACUGCAAAGAGUUGGACAUGACUGAGCAACUAACAUAAGGUUGUUUUAUAAUCAAAUCCAGCUCACUUAUAGUUCUUUAUGUUUAAGAGUUAACCUUAACCUACAUUUCCGUCUUCCCAGGAUGAUUAAUAUAUCUUUUUCAAUGAGCUUGGAAAUAGCAGCAUUACUGUAAAUAGCUGACCAUCCAAAGAGAGUUCAUGGAGACAAGACCAUUGCUUUCUUUGUUUUUAUGACUGUAUGUAUAAAAGAAAAUAGGCAAAACCAUAACUGCUUAUUUUACAUAUAGAGGAACAAAUCAUAUUUAUCAUGGCAAGUGGUAGGAAAAUUAUUUUCAUCAGAAAUAAUUGUUUUUCUAGGAAUUGCUUUUGACACCUAUAUCAAUUUAUAAUUUUCAUGUAAAAUGUAGUCUCAACAUGGUUCAUUUAAAAGAUAGAUUAUUUCAUACUGGUAUGCAUUUAAUGCUCAUUUUUUACACGGUUUCCUUAGUGAUAGAUUUGAUUUGAUUUGUACUGAACUUAAAAACAUUAAAGAGAAUAGAUUUGUAAAUUAUUUUAAAUGAUCAA